AUGACGAAGAACCGCAAAGCUAACAAGUCUCAUAAGCCUAACGAACAGCGGCUCGAGAUCUCUGAAGAGGAGCAAUGGCGGAUUAUCAAUCAGUCGGGGAUUCUACGACAGGUAGAUGCCGCGGCCAAGGCGACCGUGACGAAUGCUAGCUCGGAGGAGGAGCCUAUAUCUCUUGCGGAGGAGAUAUUUAAUUCACUCGUCUUCAUAACGCCGUGUUCCUUUCUCCUAUUAAUGAUGGAAAUACUAAUACACUAUCAAUACGGCAAGCACCCGACAUUCGAUGACCUUGCGCGGCGAAUGAUAUCUGGCGUUCCAAUUCUGUCCAUAUUUGUGUUUUACACCGUCCGACAUAAGCAGGAUCGCCGCGUACAAUUCUUGCUCUUUCUGCUAUCACUCGCCACGGGGAUGAGGCUGAUCUGGCUAGUCAACCGUGGCAGCUGGCUUACGAACAUGCGGCAAUGCCCCCCACUGGCCACCGCCUGGAUAUACGCAGUUGUGCAGCUUGACCUCGGUCCUGCAACUUUGAGCCUUGUGAUCGUGUUCAGCUGGGUAUGGUGGGCCGGCUUGAAACUAACCUUCUAA